AUGGUCACUUGUGUGUCAACAAUUUUUGCACCUUCCAACUCUAGACAUUCAGCAAGGGUGUUGACUAUUGGAAAAAGAAAUCUGACUGGGAAUUACCCUGGGAGAGGUAGUUUCAUUAAAAUGUACGACCGCAGGAAUGGAUUUUCUGGUGGCAUCCAAAUGUUGGGUUCACUUGAAGUUAAGUGUUCAGCCAAUUUUCACGGGGUCAGUCCAUAUAGUAGCCAAGGCCCUUCUCUUGAUUUACAUCCUGAGGUAUCAAUGCUUAGAGAAGAAGAGAGCAGUACACUGAACAACCCAAGAAAGGAUAGCUCAGGUGAGGAUAUAUCUGAGAGUGUAGGAUCUGUGUCUAUUCAAAGUGAUUACAAUGAAGCAAAGAUCAAAGUUAUUGGCGUUGGAGGAGGUGGGUCAAAUGCAGUCAAUCGCAUGAUAGAGAGUUCGAUACACGGUGUGGAGUUUUGGAUUGUUAAUACUGAUGUUCAAGCCAUGAGAAUGUCGCCUGUCUAUCCUGAGAACCGUUUGCAAAUUGGUUUAGAGCUUACGCGAGGUCUUGGAGCUGGUGGUAACCCUGAGAUUGGAAUGAAUGCUGCUAAAGAAAGCAAAAAGUCUAUAGACGAGGCAGUCUAUGGAGCCGAUAUGGUCUUUGUUACAGCUGGAAUGGGUGGGGGAACUGGCACAGGUGGAGCUCCAAUUAUUGCUGGUAUAGCAAAGUCAAUGGGUAUACUAACGGUUGGUAUUGUCACUACCCCUUUCUCGUUUGAAGGAAGAAAGAGAGCUAUUCAAGCUCAAGAAGGAAUUACUGCCUUGAGAGAUAAUGUUGACACACUUAUAGUCAUUCCAAAUGACAAGCUACUAACGGCAGUUUCUCAAUCUACCCCUGUAACGGAAGCAUUCAAUCUAGCUGAUGAUAUUCUUCGACAGGGUGUUCGCGGCAUAUCUGAUAUUAUUACGAUACCAGGGUUGGUGAAUGUAGAUUUUGCUGAUGUCCGAGCUAUAAUGGCUAACGCUGGUUCUUCAUUAAUGGGGAUAGGAACUGCAAGUGGUAUGUAUGGAAACUGCAACUAG